GUGACUUCCCAGCCGGGAAAUUUUUCAAUAUUCGACUUCAACGUUCAUGACGCUCACGUGUCCAGACGAGUAGAUUGAUCCGCUCUUAUAAAGCCCAAGUCGCGGUCUCUAGUUAGCCCUCCAGUUCUCGUACUCCAGAAUGUUCUCACGCCUAUUCGUGUCGGCUUUCUUAUCCUACCUAUUGUUGGCCCGUGGUGUGAGUGCCCAUCCUGAGUCGAAGACACCGGAGCAGGUCAAGGCGUAUCAAGAUCUGCAAGCUGCAGCGUACCACUGUGCACCGACAAUAGCUAAAUAUACUGCUGAACGACAAAGGCGAUUUGCUGAGCACGUUCUGGGCGGGUCGAGUCCUCAGUAUCUCCUUUCCUCGGAUAAUGGACUCUUUGACAGCGAUACAUACGAAGAUGUCGGACCGCAGAAAUUGCUUGCUUGCACUCCGUUCGAAGAGCAGAAGAUAAGGAAUAAUACCUGCGUACUUGCGCCCGAAGUCACUGCGGGCCCGUACUACGAAACGGCGGAACACCCAAUGCGAACGAACAUUGCAGAGUAUCAGCCCGGUCUCCUAUUCUUGAUCAAUAUCGGGGUCAUAGACGUGGAGACCUGCGAACCAAUUCCGGACGUCCUUGUUGACAUCUGGCAUGCGAACGCCACGGGACAUUACUCUGGCCAUCCUGAACCCGCUCCUGAACUAGCUAAUGAGGAACCUGUCAAGGAAGGCCGUCGGAAAGGCCUUCUGAGCCCAUUCCCCAAGACGAAGUGGGGUGAGACGUUUUGCCGCGGUGCCUAUCCCACCGACAAGAACGGUGUGACACAGUUCACGAGCAUAUUCCCCGGGUAUUACACGGGUCGUGCAACUCAUGUUCAUGUUAAAGUUUUUCCCAAAUGGACCCCUCUCGAUAACGGGACGUUUAUCGGUGAACGACUCGUUCAUGUCGGACAACUGUUCGUCCCGGAUGAUCUUAACAUGGCCGUUGACAAGCUGUGGCCAUACAAUACAAAUCCCAUCGCCGAGAUUCGCGGCCGGACGCGUAACUGGGAGGAUAGUUUGAACAUCUUCUGGGAUUCUCAGAAGGGCGGGUAUCAUUCUAUAUUUGAGACGCACUUACUUGGCGGAGUGUUGCAGCAGGGCGUAAUCGGGUAUAUUACCAUGGCCGUGAAUAUGUCAGCGUCGGUGAGCGAUGGAUGGCAUAUUUAGGUUACUAUGAUGCCUGCGAUUCGUCAUCAGCAUGUUUUUUUUU